AUGUUUUUCAGAAAGAACAAAUCAAGUGGUUCCAAUCAAACCACAACUAAAUCCAAGUCUUCUACCUCUACCACCAACAAAUCAACAACCACCAACACCGCCACGUCUACCUCCACUUCUACCCUAAAUUCUCCUCCUUUCCUCGCCACAGAAAUGAAUUUGGCAGAUUCCAACAUGUCCACAACGACAUCAGAACGGCCAAGCAUGGACAUUUUUCUGGCUCAUCGUCAACAGCACAACAACCAGACCGUAGAAUCAAGCACUCAAGAUCAACAGAGUAGUCAUACUGAAACGAACGUGCCCCGAAAUCGUAACUCUCUUCGUCUCUCUAUUGGACACUUCUUUAAGGAUAAGCUCAACAAGAUUCGUCACUCUCUGAAUCGAAAUUCUAACCUUAAUUUUGAUGAUAUUGAAGCAGCUGUGGCUUUGGAACAACUUGGUUCGCCCUCAUCUUCCACCACACAUGGUUAUUAUACCGAGAGAUGUUCCAUGGAUACGAGUAGAAGUAAUGCCAGUAGAAAUCAUCAUCAGAACCCCAAGCAAAGUGAGAGAGGUCGAAAUCGAGCCAUCUCAGAUGGAGUGCAUCCUAAAAAGAGACCCGUCUCGGUCACACUGCAGCAACUUCAAAGUGGAAACUAUUCGGGUAGUGGCUUUAUAUCAGCCAAUCCCUAUAGCAUGUCCUCCUCGUCCUCAUCUGGUCGAUCAUUUCCAUCUCCUAGACAAUUUCUCAAAUCCACUCUCUUCUCGAAUAAGGAACAACAAGAAUCGAAGGACAUUAAGGUUCUCGUACUGGGUGCUACAGCUGUGGGAAAGAGUGCCCUUUGUAGUCAAUAUCUGAAAGGAAUAUUUCCAUCUCAACAUGUUUCCACAGUGGAGGAUCAAUUCAAAAAGGUGGUUGAUAUUGAUGGUGAAACGACAAGCAUUCAUAUUUUGGACACAUGGGGUGAUGUUCUCUUGCAAAACGAGUCGUCAUUGCAAUCGCCUCAAGAUGUCUCAAAUAGCACAAGCUCGUUACAAAGCUCUCAGAGCAGUACAUCCAAUUUAGUUGAACACCUCUCAAAACCCUCCAAAGCAAUUACCUCAAUUGUUGAAAAUGCUUCAGCAGCAGAACAGAAUCAUCCUAAUAGUGAUUCCUUAAAUAAUUGCUCAUUCAGUAAUAAUUCAUCGAGUUGUAGCAGCUCGCUCGUCUCCACAACAAUAUUAGGUUCUUCCAUGGCAGAGAGUUGCACCUUGACAGAUGCAUCAAGCAAUACAAGCAGCAAGAAUAUGACCUCGUCGUCUCCUCGAAGAAAUAGUUGUGUACAACUCGAAAGGGAGUUGAAAAAGUCUAUCAUGAAUCAAAUUUCUUCGUCUUCCAAUGGGUCCUUCUUUGCAUCCAAUGUGGUCAUCUUACUCAUGUAUUCCAUUUCAGAUUAUUCCUCCUUUGAGAAGGUUUUACAAAUCUAUGAAAAUCUCCAACUGUUGGCUGUCGAGUCACAUUUGAAAAAUUACAAUGAAGAGCUUGCUAAUAACUCUAAAAAGAAGGGCUCCCUUACUAAACGUUCUCCACGAUGUAAAUAUUAUUCCUUCCAGCCCACCAUCUUACUUGUGGGUACGAAACGAGAUCAAGAUCCAUCUAUUGCACGAAGUAACCUGAUUCACCAGCUUACCAAUUCGUCCUCUUUCACAGUACCAACAACGUCACAACAAGAACGACGACCAUCCAUUGUUCAACAACCACCCACCAAUAAUAACAACAACAACAGUUCAGACAUGUAUGGCUUCUAUUACGGCUUUGGAUUAAGCAAUGAAGACAAAACUCAAUUCAUUCACUCUCUUCCAGCACGCAUUCCAAUCACCAAGUCCAAUAAGCGACGACCUUCCAUCUAUUCACAAUACGAGUAUGCCAUGUGUGGAUGUACAGAGACAGAGAGACAAGUCACAUUCGAAGAAGGAGAGCAAUUAGCAGCUACCAUCGGUGAGAAUUGCUACUUUAUGGAAAUUUCAAAUCAAAACCCAUUGGAAGUGGAACAAGUAUUUCUGCAAGCCGUUCGAAAAGUGAGAGAACGCAUGACUCAACUCUCCAACUCGGAAUUUGCUCGGGCAGCUCGAGCUCAACCCAUUUCAUACAGAACUCCAUUAUCGGAAUGUGUUUCGGUGUCGUCAUCGAGAGCAUCCUCUGCAGCCACUCCGUAUGAUGAGGACACAUGGAAUGCCCUUAAUGCUACGCAACAGCAGCAACCAGUGAGUAGCAGUGGUAAUCAUAGUCAGCAGCCUAUCAUCACUCGAAAAGAAGUUCCGAGACUUCUCUCACCCACAUCGGACAGCAAAGAAGCGAGAGACGAAAAGCAAAGAAGACGAAGAAAAGAUAUCAAAGUAUUGGAAAAUUGUGCUGCAUUAACGGAUGAAUUAAUAAAUUACAUGUAA